CUUUAACAGGAACACGUGUGUGAUGUGACUGUAACUACUUGGGAUGUUAAGAGAGAAUAGUGCCUUUAAAAACCUGGACUUGCUUCAAAAAUGACUGCCAUCUACUCUGGGGUCCAUGAAAAACUAAACAGUCAUCUCACACCAUGGCCAGAUAAGCUGAAGCUAGCUCGAUUUGCAUGGGUAUCCAAUCAAUGCCUUCUUCCAAAUAAAGAACAGUUUUUGUUUGACUGGGUUGCUCGUGCCCUAUCCGGUUAUUACAGCAAGAAAGUAGAGGUGUCGCAGGAGGUGCUGGAAGGUUUAUGGACCUACCUGACAGAAAUUCUUCAUAGUAAGAAGCUUUGUAAUGUCCUGAGGACAGGAAAGACCUUUAAGAUACACCCAGCAGUUCCCCAGAUUAUCAAUGAAAGGAUUUUGGAAAGCACGUCAGGAACUCUGUCUGUUGACUUGUCUACUAUUCUGAGUUGUUGUGAAGGAAUCCUGACAAUUCCUGUUCUCGCUGUGACAUACACUGCCAAAUAUGAGCUGCUGGUGGAGGUUGUGGUUAGGACCAGUGGCCUGGCUUGUUUUCAGCUCCAGCAGCAGGACUCUUCCGAGUCCCUUUCAGUUAAGGUGUUUGAAGUUCUGCUUCUUGUACUAAGCACCUAUUUAACUGUGCAAAAACAGCAAGGAAACCCUAAGAGAGUUUUUGUUCAGGUGACAGAACACCUUCUACAGCACCUCUGUCUGUUAAGACACUUAAUAACCUCUAGGACAUGGACAGAGAAGGAUGAUACAAGGAUCCGGCAACACAUAUGCAAAGAGAUCCGGAGCAAAGUGGACUUGAUUCUUCAGUCUGCUCUUUUCUAUCAUGAGCACCUACAGUACUACAAAGAAGAAGUUCUCCCAUCAGAACAGGGAUCAGGUGGAAAAAAGGGAUCUACAGGCAAAACCUUGCUCUGCCCUGCUGCAACUAUUCUGUCAAAACUUGUACAUGGACAUGAUGUUAAUGAAGAGUCUUUUUUUUACAGUGUCCAAGCCAAUUCUCUUCCACUGCUCUUCAAAUUCUUUUUAGAUGCAUUUUGCAAGGGAGGAGAGAACAAGCUGGUUUGCUUUCAUCUUAUGACAAAGUUUCUUACAGCUCUUGAGUUUACACAGGACCUGAAUGUCAAAGAAACCUUUAAUGAGGCAAACUGGAGCUUUGCUCUGCUUGCCAUGGAGAAGAUUUUAAACUCCUGUUUGGCUGGAGAUAUUUAUAAUGUAGCUGCAGACAAAAUACAUCAUGGAGAGGUGCAGUUCAAUUUCUACAGGAAAGUAGCUCAGCUUUUAUUCAAUAAUGCACAGACAGGAAUUCCAGCUUGGUAUCGCUGCUUGAAAGUAUUGCUUUCACUGAACCACCAAAUUAUAGAGCCAGAUCUUGAUGAGCUUGUGUCUGCUGUCUGGGUGGAUGCUGACAUCAUGGAAGUACGGGUGAAGAAAGCUCAAGAGACUCUUGUUUGUGCAGUCCUUCAGACCUACACGAAGCUACGUCAGCUGCCAAGACUCAUUGAGGAACUACUUUUGGUAAUCUGUAGACCAGCUGCUGAUGAACUGAGGCAGGAGUUGUUGCCUGAGGCUUUGCAAAAUUGCUUAAGUCAGUGUCUCUUGGACAACCCUCCUAGCCAGAAUCUUGAAAUUUGCAGACUUAUUCUGGAGAAGAUGCUUAGUGAUCUCCCUUAUUUCCAAAAGGGAAGAAGGGAGUCUGCGCUAAAAAUGUUUUCUCUGAGUGUUCUCAUGCACGAAGUGGUCUUUAGUCUUAAGACGCUAGAUGACAGCACUCCUUUGCCCAUAAUCAGAAAAACACAAAGUCUUAUGGAGGAAAUGCUACAUUUUGUUACGGCACUGCUGCAGUCUAUAGAGGGAGUUUUGAUCUCAGACAAGACCUGGGUAGAAAAGAUUCAAGAAGCAAGUCUUCUUCUUACUCACACUUGGCAUGAGGCAGACACCCUCUUUCAAAUUCAUUGCAGUAAAUACAUCUCACCAGCUAGUCUAACUGAUGAUGUCAGUCCCAUGUCUGAUACAAUCCAGAAAGUUUUGGCACUUACAAUCUCAGGAGGCCAAGUCAGUCCACUAAGCAGGUUUCUUCAAAAACAUCUUGCGCUCCACAGAAUGAAGAGAUACUUGCUCAACUUACCUUCACCCACUCUGGACAUGGACACCCAAAAUUUUCUCUAUCAGACUGCUCAAGUUGUUGCGCAUAAUCAUGAAUUUUCAGUUAAUAUGUACACUGACCAAACAUGGGACCGUCAGCUUUGCAGUGUUAAUAGUGACACCUAUUCAGUAGCUUUUUGGUUUUUAAUAACUACUAACCUGCCAUUAAUUGCUCCAUACCUUACACAAGAGGUUACAUCUCGCAUAGCAGAGACCAUCCUGAACUCGCUGCUUCAGGGUCACUCAAGAAACAAUAUGGAGAAGAGUGAGCUGUCAUUCCUACUUAUUUCGAAACAACUGCUUGAAAGCAGAGUGCUUUGUGAGUUGCCCAGUUUGCACUCAGCAGUGGUAACUUCCAUAACAAACAAAUUUUUUGGAGUGCCAGAUGCUUCCGAAGUACAGGCCUUUUGUCCAUCAUUUUUUAAAUCCAGCACCGAAAUUGGUGUCGCAUCUGAAGGUCCUAAUGAUGACGUCUCUUCAUCUUUUAACAGACUGAAAGCCAUAGCACAGAACAUUAUCGACAGUGCUAAAUCUGGUGCUUCCAUCACCAUAUCUGAAACACAAGUAGACGCCCUUCUGCAGUUAUUAAGGAUAACACAUGUCCUAAAUCCCUAUGCAAUGUCUCCUGAAGAUUACGUAGGACUUUUUUGGGGUUUGCUCUUCAUGAUGCUUUGUGUGCAACGAAAUGAAAAUGGAGUAUUUUCAGUACCAGUCAACCUUUUAAAAGAGCUAUUUGCUCUCAUGGAUUCAUUCUUGGUGGGUAAAAAUUCUCAUGCAGUCCUCAAAGUUGUACAUGGUAGUACGCUCUUGGAGAUGGUGAUGACCUCUCUUUUCUCUCGCUGUGAAAAGAAUCUGUUUCAAAGUCUGGACAAUUCAGCUUGGUUUUCUUUUCUCCAGUCAGUCCAAACUUUUAUUGACAGUAUAACUCAUGUUAUACUGGAGAGAAAAAGCAGCGUGCUAAUCAAUCUGGACAAGUUCACCAAUUUUAUGAUUGUCUUAGGAAAAUCAUAUCUGGACUCUGGGGAUUGUGAUGAAGCCCUGUACUCAUUUCAGCUCCAUUUAGUAACUUUGAGCACACUUUGUAAGGACAUAAUGUCUGUGUUGGGAAAAAGUACUCAGCUGGAUGAGGCUUUAACUCAGUCGUUGGAAAAGAUCAUCUCUGUAAUGGGACCUGCCACACAGACUGUGCUGAUUAGAAAGUCAGACAAUGGACACAUUCAGUCAUUCUUUAUUGAUGUGGUGACUGUAAUGAUCCAGGCUGAGUUAGCAAAGGUCUCUCAUCAGACCCAGGAUAUUAGUGAUGGUGAUCAAAAACACAAACUAUCCAACAUGGCACUGUACAGUAGCUUUGGCCAGCAGAUUUUGGAGGAGAUUUACUUAGCAUCACAACCUGUAGAGUUCAUCAUUGCAUCCCUCAAUUAUCUCUCAGGAUUUUAUUUGGCUGUAGAGAAAACACAAGAGUCCAAUCUUGACAGUCUUCAUUUUAAGAUUCUGCAGAGUGUUUAUAAGCUAUUAUCAGGUGAGUGGCUUUCUGUAUCAGAGGCAAAAGAACUGGAAGUCCCACUUGGGAAUCUUCUCACUCAGCUAAUGGUCAACUCCUCAGAAGAACAACUCCAGUCAUUAUUUCUCAUGAUCCGGGAUGGACUUAAUGCAUCCCAGAUUGAAAUAGGCUGCUACAAAGAUGUGUUUGCAACUGUGACUAUAAUAAGACUGCUUGCCAGCUGUUCACUGUCAGAGGCCUCCACUGAGAAGUUCUGGAGUACUGUUCCUCACAUCAUGUCUUCUCUUGUUUUUGUGGUUAGAGCAUCUGGUCAAGUCUCUUCUCUAACCAGUAUACUGACUGUGCCAGUGAUAAAAACUCUAAUCACACUGCUCCGUCAAGGUGAAACUCAUCUCUCUGACCCUCACCAUGUUGUCCUGGUGCUCGGAGCUCUUGAGUUUGUGCCCCUGGAAAACCAAUGCAUGGAAGAGUAUUAUUCAGCUUUCCAAGCCAUUCAUGAAGUCUUGUAUGCCAUCAUCCUAUGCUACCCAAAGGUGAUGCUGAAAGCUUCUCCAGUCUUCCUGAACUGUUUUUACCGUCUGGUGGCAUCCAUUAUCCGAGAGGGCAGGCAGAAGGGGGAGAAUGAGAAAGGAAAAGAUUCUGAGAAGCUUUUAAAAUGUGCCAUGCUAGUGGAACGGAUGUACACCCAUAUUGGCACAACCGCAGAUGGUUUCACGCUGCUGAACGCUUUUAUUGUGGCUAAGUAUGUCACUGAACUCCAGAAGGUGACACUUCGACCAGAAAUUAAAACACAUCUGACAGAAGGCAUCUACUGCAUCCUCGAUCGAUGUGUUGAACAGGACAUAAAGUUCUUGAACAGGACAUUGCAAAUGGGUGUUAAGGAAGUAUUUAGUGAGCUCUACAAAAACUACACACAUUACCACAAAUCCCAAAGGCAAGGGGAAGAGAAGUACACUGUUUAACCCCAUUGUUAAAAAAUGUUUGUAUGAAUUAUGUUUUUUAUUACUGUUUUUUGACACGGAUAACAAGUGGAGGAGAAAUAAAUUUAUAUCUGUGAAACAUGA